UCAGGAAGCAGACAGAGCUGGGUUGCAGUAGCAGUUCCUCAGCAGAGUUUCUCUGCAAAGCCCAGGAGUCACAUGGAGUGAGGAGAGUGUCCUGCUAUGCUGCUGGAGAGUGGCUGGGAGGAAAAGGUAGUGAAACAGGCUGAAGAGGAAACAGAUUUUCUCCACGCCACUUUUCUCAGAGCUUACAUAGAAUGAAGAUCCAAGUAAACAACACUUGAAGACUGGAGAGAAAUUCUAAUCUAAUAUAUUUCAGGAAGAUUUCAGGAACAUGACUGAAGGGGCCAGGAACAGCAGCGACUCCUCUUCCGCCUUCGUUCACACCAGCACCAUGAGUGCCAUUCUGGUCACUGUCUACUCGGUUGCCUUGGCUGGAGGUGGAAUUGGGUCCAUCACAAUGUCCUUUGUGCUGCUCAAGAUGAACACUCUGUCUGUGACCACGACUGCCAUCAUUAACCUGGUGGUUGUGCACAGCCUCCUCCUCUUCACGGUGCCCUUCCGCCUCCACUACUAUGUCAAAAAGACAUGGGUAUUUGAUAUGCCAUUUUGCAAGAUGGUGAGUGCCAUGGUGCACAUCCACAUGUACCUGACCUUCAUAUUUUAUGUGAUCACGCUGGUGAUCCGGUGGCUCAUCUUCUUUCAGUGGAAGGACAAGGUUGAGUUUUACAGGAAGCUGCAUGCCAUUGGAGCGAGCGCUGCCGUGUGGCUCUUCGUCAUGGUCUUUGGGGUGCCGCUCUUCUACUUCGAGUAUGGAAGCUCAGGCUUAUACAAUAGUACAACAUGCUUUAAGUUCCACAAAGAGCUAGAGCACGAGAGUGUGAAAGCCCUGAACUACACCCUAAUUGUAGCUGUUGCCCUCAUUUCUUGUGUCCUCUUGAGCUUGCAGAUUUUUAUCUUGGUAAAAGUGGCAAGAAAAUUUUCCACCUCCCUCUGUUCACACCAAGAAUUCUGGGCCCAGGUGAAAAACUUGAUUUUCAUCUGGAUUAUCAUAAUUUGGUUUCUUCCCUAUCACCUGUUUAGGGCCUACUACAUACAGCAUGUGAGUGAUUUUGACCAGUUAGAAAGCUACAACGAGGUUUUUUUGAGCCUGACUGCCCUGAGCUGUCUGGACCUGCUGUCAUUCGUGCUGAGUGGAAGCCGCUUCUUCAAGCAAAAUGUGGGGAUGCUCCACAGGAGGUUGUUUUGCUGCUAGCACCAGCCUCCUGCAGCGUGUGCAGGACCUGGGAUAGGACAGUGAUGGACAGACACGGCAAACUCACUCCUCAGCAAGUUGAGGGUGUGCUCUGGAAACAGUACAGCACACCCGCACAGGGCUUUGCACAUCAGCUUCCUGAAGUAAUGGAACAAACUGCCCCCAGGGUCUCAGCUAGUAAAGAGGAAGGUGACCCCAGCAGUUUCCUCAUGGUGCUACCCAGUGAGUUGUGGAUGGACCUGGAGAAGAGGGAAGAAGGGUCAUGGGCUCUUCUCUCUUACUGUUUUUACUUCAAGAUUUGUGGAGUCAAAGGCACUAGGAGGAGACUUGAGAAUUGCAAUAUAGAAACACAAAUAAGGAAGCUGGUUUAUUUGGACUAAGGUACAGAUUUUUGAAACUUAAAGAUCUAUAUAAUUUUCCCAUACAUUUCAUAUUUAUUUCCCAUAAGCUCUCAUGAAAUAUCAGGGAAUAUAUUGCUCUUCCUGAGUAGGUCUGUUUCUUUACUGUUAAGCAUAACUUUCUAAGUGAAUUGAACUAUUAAACCAGCUAUUUAAAACUAAAUCAGUGAUAGAUAGUUAUUUCUUAAAAUAUUUUCUCAAAAUCACUUUUUGAGAUGGUAUCACUGAAGCAGAAAAGAAUUUUAUCUUUCUCACAUUAUGAAAAUAUGUCUAAAAAAUUAUACACUAUUACUGAAAUGGACAUGGCAAAUUCAAACAAAAGUCUGUAUUAUUAUUAUUCACAAUUUUUUUUUCAAUUAAAGGCAAUAUUUUACAGUCAGGACAAGUUUUUUAGAUCAUUCAGACAUAAUUUGUCUUCUCUUCAAAAGACACAUAGGUAUCCAAGGUAGCAAUGUUUUUUGUAAAUCUUAUGUUGAUUUUGUACAUUUAUGAAGUUCAUGAAUAGUUACAGUGUCUUUAGCUUAAAAGCAAUUCUAUAAAUUUUGUACUCUCUACUGAUGGAAGGAAUGAAAAUGUUGCUGCUUGGAUUGGAGGGAUGGAAAAAGCUAAUAGACCUAGUGUAGCUAAAAAGCAUAUUACAUCUCAGUGAGGCAUUGCCAGUUGCUGUCUCUGAAGACAGAAAUAAAUUCCACCAAAAUAGAUGAAAAAUACUUCUAUGAAAGACAUUGAGGCUUUCAUAGCUCAGCCGCUUUAUACCCAUCCCUAAGAAAGAAUAUAAAUCUCAACACCUCUAAUGCAAGAUGUCAAUUGUUACUACAUCUUUAAUUUUCUUGCCAUCUGCAUAAGGUCACAUUUUUUCAUCUAGAGUUAGUGGGAUAAUAAUUUAAUCAUUUAACUAAUUAGAGGUUAUCAGCUGAUCCAUUUCCAUGAGAGUCUCUCCUCAUGAUGCUGUUGAAAUCCACCUUUUCUCCCUUGUGAAUCUUUCCAUUCCUUUCUGCUUUACCUUCAACAUCUCUUGCACAUCAGACAGCAAUAAAAAACCAAUUGGUUGAUCUUGUUGUACCUGUGCAAUCUCAUUGCUGUGCUCAUUGCUUUUGGUCCCUCCAAGAUGAUUACUUUAUGGGAUCUCAUCUCUUCUGUAGUCUUUCUACCUUGUCUUCCUUCCUUCUCGCUUCAAGGUUCUUUAUAUCUAUCAGGAUAUCUGAUUAUAAAAAGGUAUUUUCAGGUCAGAGUAUGAGUCAUGCUGUACAGCACCAAAAGGUGGAAAUCACUGAAGAUCAUAACAUAGGUGAGGUGUUGGGCAGCUCUCAUGGCUCACCCUUGGCAAACAGCCUGGACCGCAUCUGUUAAGAAAGAAAAGUGAGAGCUUACAGUGGGAGUCUAGCUGAGAAAAAUCUGUCCAAGAAGGUGUUUGUUCCCAAAGGAUCACAGUAAAAAGGAUGACAACUACCAGCCAGAUUGGGGAACUACUUUCAAAACAUGGAGGGAAUUAACUUGGAUGUGUAGCUCACUACUAGUUAACUGUGUGUCAUUAAGAAAGCAAUAAACUGCUAUUAUCCAGAUUUGUUUUAAAGCUACACAAACAAAUCUUAUUCUCCUUGUGGUGGGAGAGGAUGGAAAUUGGCAUAACAUUUUUGUUUCCUCCUGUAGCAAUGUGAUUGGUUAAAGAAAAUGCCUUGCAUGUAUUCUGUAGGCACUGUAUAGCUUUGUAACAUUAUUUUAUAACCCUUCUACUAUAAUAAAGUUAUUAACAAACAAAA